AUGGCCGCACAGGAAAUUUCAAUACCUGACGGUGGAAUGCAGGCCUGGUUGUCAGUUCUUGGCGGAUGGCUUGUGUCUUUCUGCACCUUUGGCUUUGCAAGCUCAUUUGGUGUAUUCGAAGCCUACUAUGUCAACACGGGCACGUCGUCCUCGUCCAACAUUAGUUGGAUCGGGUCGCUUCAGUUUUUCUUCCUAUUUGCUAUGGGCCUUCCCGCAGGAAAGCUCUUCGAUGAGGGCUACUACCGCUUCGAGCUAGCGUUCGGUUCUUUUCUUGUGGUGUUUUGCAUCAUGAUGCUGUCACUCGCCGACCCAACCAAGUACUACCAACUCAUUUUGGCUCAAGGAAUCGGUAUCGGAAUAGGCUCUGGACUUCUCUUAGUCCCCGCGCUCUCCAUUCAGUCUCAUCAUUGGCGCCGCAAGCGCUCUCUGGCCAUGGGGAUUGUCCUCAACGGCGCGUCUUUCGGGGGCAUCAUCUAUCCAAUCAUGCUCAACCAGCUUUUCAGCAACGGCGUUGGCUUUGCAUGGGGCGUGCGCGCGGCGGGGUUCAUGACGCUUGGUCUACUGAUUAUCGCCAAUUGUGUGCUCCGUACGCGUCUGCCGAGCGCGAGGCAGAGGCGGAAGGCUGCCGGCGGGCAGAAAUUGUCAAAAAUCAAGACACGGAAGAUUCUCACCGAUCUACCCUAUAUGUUAAUGAACGUUGGCGGAUUUUUGGGGCUGUGGGGCGUAUUCCUACCUUACUUUUACCUCCAAUUGUGGGUCAAUUUGCACGGACUGUCCGAGACGCUCGCAUUCUACACGAUUGCGAUCCUCAAUGCCGCCUCAGUCAUCGGUCGGACAAUUCCACCCGCCAUCUCCGACCGUGUCGGGACCCUCAACAUGCUCGCGCCGCUCGCGGCAAUAACUGGCGCGCUCGUCUUCGUCAUGUUCGCUGCGACGACGCCCGGGGGUGUCAUCGUGUUCGCCAUUUUCUACGGCGCGUUCUCUGGUGGUUUCAUCGCAAUGCUCCCACCCACGCUGGCCUCGAUGGCUCGGAGCCCAGACGAGGUCGGGUAUGUGUACUGUCUUGGCUACUGCUUCUCUUCCCUGGCCAUGCUCACUGGGUCACCCAUCAGUGGUGCGCUCUUGGGCCCAGAGAACGACUGGGCGAAGCCAAUUAUCUUCAGCGGUGUACGAGUCUUCUUCAGAUGCCCCCGCACUUUCAACUAA